UGAGUGUCAAUUGAAGUGUUUUUGUAAAAUGUCAAAACAGCCUUGUUUCGUGCGAGUUGUUUUGGUUCUGAUAAAUUAAAGUUUGAUAAUAUUUAACUAUAAAAAAAAUAUCCAUAAGUAUGGAUAAAUCAAGCAAAAGACGUUAUUCUUCAUCUAGUGCGGACAGCACUGAAGAAAACCGUUUGAAAGACUUAAAAGAACGUGACGAGUUUUCUAAGAGAUUAAAAAGACGCGAUGAAGAAAAAGUGAAGAAGGUAACAGAGGCGUCCAGUAAGAGGUCGUACGAAGAAGCAGCAAAGCGACUUAAGUUGGAAGCGGAGGAUAGAGAGAAGAUAUUACCAAAGCUGCGCAUUCACUCACGUAGGAAAUAUUUAGAGAAGAGGAAAGACGACAAGGUUAUUGAAUUAGAAGCUGAUAUCGCCGACGAUGAAUACUUAUUUGACGAAAGCAGCUUAACAAAGCGAGAAAGACUUGAAAGGGAACACAAAAAAACUAUUUUAAAAUUGGCCAAAGAACAUGAAAAGGCAAGAGAGUUGGAAAAUGUUCAGAGAUACCAUAUGCCACAAGACUUGGGAAAAGAUGCUAAGGGUGAAUAUGUUGAAGUUGAUGAAACAGAAAAGUUGCCACAUUCAGAACAACAGAAGUGGGAACAAGAGCAAAUUAAAUCAGCCUUCUUCAAAUUUGGUGCUAAAGAUGCCAAAUCACAAGAUAAUGAGUAUGAUCUGCUAUUGGAUGAACAAAUUGACUUCAUUCAAGCUCUCCAAUUGGAAGGAAACAAAGAGAAAAAAGAAGAAGUAGAAAAAUCUGAGCAUCAGAAAAUACGAAUGUCUAUUGAGGAAACUAAGAAGUCUCUACCAGUAUACCCAUUUAAAAAGUCAUUAAUAGAAGCAAUAACAAAUUAUCAAAUUUUGAUAGUAGAAGGGGAGACCGGUUCUGGAAAAACAACUCAAAUACCGCAAUACCUCCAUGAGGCUGGGUUUACAGAUGAUGGGAAAAAAAUUGGAUGCACACAACCAAGAAGAGUAGCUGCUAUGUCUGUAUCUGCCAGAGUGGCUCAAGAAAUGAAUGUAAAACUUGGUAAUGAGGUUGGCUACAGCAUUCGUUUUGAAGACUGCACUUCUGACCGAACUGUCAUUAAAUACAUGACUGACGGCACAUUACACAGAGAGUUUCUAUCAGAGCCAGACUUGGCUUCUUACAGUGUCAUGAUAAUUGAUGAAGCUCAUGAGAGAACUCUACACACUGAUAUUCUUUUUGGUCUUGUAAAGGAUAUAACCAGGUUUCGACCUGAUUUGAAAUUGCUAAUAUCCAGUGCCACAUUGGAUGCUGAAAAGUUUUCAACGUUUUUCGACGAUGCCCCAAUCUUUAGGAUACCUGGCAGAAGAUUCCCAGUAGAUAUAUAUUACACUAAAGCACCAGAAGCUGAUUAUGUUGAUGCUUGUGUUGUUUCAAUACUACAGAUACAUGCCACACAACCCCUUGGAGACAUUUUAGUCUUCCUGACAGGGCAAGAAGAAAUCGAAACUUGUUUUGAAAUGUUACAAGAAAGAACAAAAAGAAUAGGUAAAAAAUUAAAAGAGUUAAUCAUAUUACCUGUAUAUGCUAACUUGCCUAGUGAUAUGCAAGCCAAAAUAUUUGAGCAAACUCCUGAAGGUGCUCGAAAAGUGGUUUUGGCCACUAAUAUUGCUGAAACCUCAUUGACAAUUGAUAACAUUAUUUAUGUUAUUGAUCCCGGAUUUGCUAAGCAGAACAAUUUUAAUUCAAAAACUGGAAUGGAAAGUUUGAUGGUGGUACCUAUUUCCAAAGCCUCAGCUAAUCAGAGAGCAGGCAGGGCUGGAAGAGUGGCACCAGGAAAAUGUUUCAGGCUCUAUACAGCUUGGGCUUACAAGUAUGAACUUGAGGAUAACACUAUCCCAGAAAUACAGAGAAUCAAUCUAGGAAAUGCCGUUCUAACCCUUAAAGCUUUGGGUAUAAAUGAUCUUAUCCAUUUCGACUUCUUGGAUCCACCUCCACAUGAAACAUUAGUAUUGGCUCUGGAACAACUAUAUGCGUUAGGAGCUCUUAACCAUCAUGGUGAAUUAACUAAAGCUGGACGAAGAAUGGCAGAAUUUCCCACUGAUCCCAUGCUUGCCAAAAUGUUGUUGGCUAGUGAAAAAUACAAAUGCUCAGAAGAAAUAGUUACGAUUGCAGCAAUGCUGUCAGUAAAUAGCUCUGUUUUCUAUAGGCCUAAAGAUAAAAUCAUACAUGCAGACACUGCAAGGAAAAACUUCUUUCACCCACAUGGGGACCACUUAACCCUGAUGAAUGUUUAUAACCAAUGGGUUGGUUCAGAGUUCUCAGUACAGUGGUGCUACGAAAACUUCAUACAGUACCGAUCCAUGAAGCGAGCACGCGACGUCCGGGAACAAUUGGCGGGACUCAUGGAAAGAGUCGAAAUAGACAUGGUAUCCAGCUUAAGUGAUGACACGAAUAUCCGAAAAGCGAUUACUGCUGGCUACUUCUAUCAUAUAGCAAAAUUUUCCAAAGGUGGACAUUACAAAACUGUGAAACAUAACCAAACUGUUAUGAUUCACCCAAACAGUGCCUUGUUUGAAGAGUUACCACGAUGGGUCAUAUACCAUGAGCUAGUAUUCACCUCAAAGGAGUUUAUGAGGCAAGUUACAGAGAUAGAGAGUAAAUGGCUGUUAGAAGUAGCACCACAUUAUUACAAAGCUAAGGAAUUGGAAGAUUCAACAAAUAAGAAAAUGCCGAAAACCGUUGGCAAAUCUUCGAAUAGAUAAUAUAAUAAAACAAUGUUAUAUUUACAA